AUGUCUGUGGUUAUUCUCCACGUCUACGAUCUUAGUGGCGGACUAGCAGCUACAUGGAGUCCAGUGUUGCUUGGAGUGCAGAUUGAGGCUAUCUAUCAUACGGGUGUUGUCGUUCACCAGCGGGAGUACUACUUUGGCGGUGGCAUUCAGCAGGGAGCACCAGGGCAGACCCCGUACGGACGACCGUGGCGAGCGCUGCCUCUCGGUGAGACCUUUGUGGACGUCGAAACGCUGCACGACUUUCUCGUAGGGAUAUCUGGUCGCUAUCGCAUUGAAACGUAUGAUUUAUUGACCAAUAACUGUAACCAUUUUGCGGAUGAGCUCUGUCGUUUCCUCGUGGGGAAAGGCAUUCCGUCCGACAUACUACAGCUGCCUCGACGAGUUCUGGAUACGCCGCUGGGUCCACUGCUGCGUCAACUGAUGCGUCCAGUUGAGUUUGAACCUGCAUCGAGCAACCUAUCGCUACCGGGGGGUUCUGGGCUGCCCCCAGCUACAUCGCAACCGGAGUCGGGUCAGCCUCGAACUAGGGAUGCGUCACGACCGCUGGAAACGACAGAUGCUCGCGCGUUUCCAGCACGGUCGUCCGAGACUGCACUCCUCGCAGCUGAUGCACGUCCGCACGAACAUGCAUCUGUGAUCGGGAACGAUGCGGUAAGCUCGUCGUCAACCGCCUUCAUGGCUGGACCAGAAGCUUCCGGUCACGAGCAGCAACAGCCCGGGUUGGUGCGAGACUUGUCCAGCGGCGAAGCGACCGCAGGUGGUGGUGCCUCCCACGUGCUGCCUCUGCGUGGAUCUCUGGGGACGUCUUUGCCAUUCUCUCGGACACCAUGUUGUUGUCGUCAAGCGGUACGGCAAAUGCAGGUUGAUGUGUUGAGCCAGGGGCAGGCACAAAUGACUCUCGCUCGUGAGAUUGCAAAAGUCGCUGAACAGGGUACCACGGAGCUUUUGCAAUGGCUGUGUAGUUGCUGCAGCCAAUGUGCGGGUUGCCGAGCAUGGAUGGUCGCGGAUCACGCCCUCUUCUGGCAGAUUAUCGCAAAAAGUUGGCAUACAGAUGGACGCAGUACGGAGCUACGACUGCUUUUGGACAUUCUUGCAACGCUGUUGCAGGAUGAAACGAGUGCGCGCCUUUUGCUCGCAACGGAUACGGAUCCCGAAUGGAUCCGAUGGCUCGUCCACGCUCUGGAUCCGAUCCCGCACACCGAGCGACAGGUUUGGGUGCAGGCAGGUCAGACACUGCAGACUCUCGGACGCGCUAUCCACCAACUUGUUGCACCCUCUGAGCAAGAGCAUCUCACCGCGUUGUUGCUGUGGGAGUUUAUGGAGGAUCUUGAAGUAUGGGGCCCAGCGCUGCAGUCAGAAGACGAAAUCGGCGUGAUUCUGAUGCAAUUCCUCGAAGACCUGUUCCGUGAAUCCCCCAUCUCUGUGGAGCUUGGUCGUUCGAUGGGUCUUCUUCAAGCUCUGAAUGGCUUCCUGCCUGCAUCGUCAUGCAUGAGGCUCCGUCACCUCCUCGACGAAAGUGCCACUGUAGGUAAUUAUGAGAAUGAGCAUCAAAUUUCAUAG